CACACACACACACACACACUCCCAAUGUGGGGCGAGAGCAGCACAAGUUUCUUCGGGUGGGUCCAAGUCGCGGAGGAGCCAAAUCCAAAAGCCGACGGCCCACGUGAGUGACCGCGGGGAAUUGAUUGGCAACGUGACACUUUUUUUUUUUUUUUUGCUGAUUCACUUCAAGUUUGAAGAAGGGACUUUGUUUUCCGCCCAUUUCAUCAUUCGAGCGGCUUUUUGUUUCGGGAGCGGCAUCGCCAAAAUGAUGUCCACUUCUUUUUGACCUCAGGUCACUUCCUGUUACUUUUGGGGCAAUCACUUCCUGUUUUUUUUUUUUUUUCAUUUCUUCCAAUUUUGGGGGGAUUGCAAAUCACUUUCUGUUUAUUUAGGAUCAAUUCUUGUUGACUUUGUGUUGAUUAUAGGUCGUCACUUCCUAAUAAUUUCCUUUGCACCUGCCGUUCCCAAAUAUGAACGCAAGUCGUACAGAGAGUAAACGGUCAAGGUAGCGCUAUUCAGCUCGGCUUUUUGCGACCUCUCAGCGAGAUGGCGCGUCCCCGCGCCCCGGUUCUGAUCCUGUUGCCGGCGGUGACGCUGGUCCUGGUGUCGGGGUACACGCUAGACACGGAUCACGCGGCGUACCUGUCCGGCGUUCCGGGGUCCAUGUUCGGCUACUCGGUGCUGCUCCACGGGCACGGCGCGCGCAGCUGGUUGGUGGCGGGAGCUCCGGUGGACAACUCUUCUUCUUCUUCGACUCCGGGCGGAAUCUACCGCUGCGAAAUUGCAACAGAGGAGCAGAGAUGUCAGCUGGUGCCUGCCGCCGACGUAUCGCAGUGCGGGAAGACGUGCAAGGCCGACAGCGAGCGCCAGUGGUUGGGCGUCAGUCUGUCCCGACAACCCGGAGACGGAGGACACGUCCUGGCGUGCGCACACCGAUGGAAGAACGUCUUCUACUCCAGCAACGACGGGCAGAACAACAAACUGCCCCACGGCAUUUGCUACCGCUACGACGGAAACCUCACCCGCGCGCAGCCCAUCAUCCCCUGCUACAGAGACCACCAGAGGAAAUUCGGCGAGGAGUACGGCUCGUGUCAGGCCGGAAUGUCCAACCAACUGACUCAGGACCUGAUUGUCAUGGGCGCUCCGGGGACGUCGUACUGGACCGGCUCCGUGCUGGUCUUCAACACUUCCGCCGGCGUCAUGUCCGCCUACCUGGACGACGACGGCUCGGCGGGCUUCGGAAGCUACCUGGGCUACUCCGUGGACGCGGGUCACUUCCUGGACGCCGCCGGCACGGAGGUAGUGGGCGGGGCUCCGCAGUACAACCAGCGAGGAAAAGUGUUCGUCUUCUCGGUGGACGGCAACAUCCUACGCGUCUUAACUCACGUGACGGGGACAGAGCUGGGCUCCUACUUUGGCGCCAGCGUGCGGGCGGCGGACCUGAACGGCGACGGCCUGUCGGAUCUCUUGGUGGGCGCUCCCAUGGCGACGGGCGCCAGCAGGGAGGAAGGGCGCGUCCACGUCUACAUCAACCGAGGCCAGGCUAACCUAGCGGAGGCGGAGUUUCAGUUGAGCGGGGGCGAUGCUCACGCCGCUCGAUUCGGAGAGGCCAUCGCCGACCUGGGAGACCUGGACGACGACGGUUACCCCGAGGUGGCGGUGGGCGCCCCCCAGGAGGACGACCUGAACGGGGCCGUGUACAUUUACAACGGCGGAAAGAACGGCAUCUCGCGAACGCCGUCGCAGAGGAUCACCGGGGCGACGUUGGGUCGUGACCUCCGGAUGUUCGGACGGUCGCUGAGCGCGGGCGUGGACGUAGACCGCAAUGGUUACCCAGACGUGGCCGUGGGCGCGUUCCUCUCGGACGCCGCCGUCGUCCUCAGGUCUCGCCCCGUCCUGCGGGCGGCGGCCUCGUUGGUCCUGCCCGACGGCGUUCGGCGGCGGGCGGCCGGCCUGGAGCUGUCCGUUUGUUUCCGCCUCGCUUCCGGGCGGUACGAGGGCGCCGUGGAGCUGGAGUACAACGUGACCUCCGACCUCCUCCGCCGGCCCUCCUUCCCGCCCCGUUUCUAUUUCCACGGCGACGGCUCGUCCGACGGCACGGGGGGCCGCGUCAGGCUGCGGCCGGGGCGGCUCGCCUGCGCCCGCCACGCGGCCCGACGCGCGAAGGACGUGCGGGACAUUUUCACUCCGCUCCGUUUUGAAGUUUCCUACAACCUGCGGCGCGGCAACGCUCACAAACACUCGCGCAAACUCUUCCCGCCGUUGAGGCCCAUCCUGCAGAGGGCGGCGGGGAGCCGCAAUACCGUCAGUAACCAGACGCAUUUCAUCCGCUCGUGCUCGCUGGCCAACUGUUCCGCGGACCUGCGACUGGACGCCGCGCUGGUCCUCCCGGAGAACGCCGACUACCUGGCGCUGGGAGGCGACGGCGGCUUAACGCUGGAAGCUCGGGUGACGUCGGCCGGAGACGACGCCUUUCUGCCGCGUCUGACGCUGCGCUUCCACCGCCACCUUCACUACGUCAAAGUGCUCCGCAACGAGGACAAGGCGGUGAGUUGCGACGUGACGCAGGGAGUCGACAGCGAGACGGCGGAAGUCGACUGCGGCUUCUCCGGCCUCAUCCUGGCGUCGGGCUCGCAGGUCAACAUCAGCUUCCUGUUGGACGUGAACCAGAACGCGACACCCGGGGACCUCUUCCUUCACGCUAGCGUCAGCAGCGAGAACCCGGAAAGUUCCCAAUACCUCGGCGACAACGCGGCGGCCUUGUCGGUCCCUCUCAAGUACGCGGUGGAUGUGGACGUCCACGGUUCGGUGACGCCGACUUCGUUUGCGUUCGGGGACGAAGACGCCACGCCCGUUGAGUGCUACUCGCAAACCUUCAACUACACCUACAAGGUGUUGAAUCGGGGGCCCAGCCGCUCGCCAGACACACUGAUGGAAAUCACGCUCCCCAAGCUGUUGUCGCCGUACCCUCACAGGUUGCUCCGUGUGGCGGACUGGCAGUCGUCGCAAGGCGCCUGCGUCCUCAGCGACGACACCGCGGCCGUGGCGGACGACUGCGACGUCCCGCGGGCUUCCUUCAUCAAACGGCUGGUCUUCUUCUUCUCGCCCGCCUCCACGCGCCACAUGUUCUGCGGGCGCGGCGACCCGCUGUGCGAACGUCUGCUGUGCCGCUUGGGCACCCUGGAAGCCGGAGGAGACGCCGCCGUUCAUAUACGCGCGCGACUCAACCCCGACGUCCUGCUGCAAGCGCCGGGUCGCCACGGCGCGGUGAGGCUGGAGAGCGGGGCCGUGGUGUCGUGGCCUCCGGACGACCGGCGCGCCGUCCUGAACCAGGAGAGACCUUUCGCGCGGGUGGUGGUGGAGGCGCACUUCACGCAAAAACCUUCCACGCCCAUCAAAGUCUUCAUCAUUGUGGUCAGUUUGCUCCUGGGUCUCAGCAUCUUGGCGGUGCUCGUUUGGUGCUUGUGGAAGGCGGGUUUCUUCAAGCGCGACUUGCAGAAGAAAGAGGAGGAAGACGAGUUCAAACGCGACAGCUGGGACUACGUCCCCAAACGCAGCAACCGGGAGAGCGCGUCCUAAGCCAGCGCGCGCAUCGGCGGCACUACGAACGCUCCCGAAGACGGACGGGACGGGACAGAAAGGGAGGAGAGACGGGCCCGCCGCCACAGGUCUGCAGUCUUCCUAUUCGGAGUACAAGGCUUCCUGCCGAGCGACGCAGAGUCUACCGCUUCCUGAUCGGCGUCCACCGCUUCCGGCCGCACUUCCCGUUCGGCGUACGACACUUCUCGCCGUUUUCUGCUACACUUCCAACAACUGCACUUCCUGUAUUUGUCAAAUGUUUCUUCCAAAAAAAAAAAAAAAGAAUUGAGAGAAACAAGCUUCCUGCUCUACUUCACUUCCUACUUGUUGUCACGAGGCAAGCUGCUGGAAAGUCAAUUAGAUGUUUAAAGUUUCUAUGACAGGACAGUCUUAAAUAGCAUUAUUAUGUGAAUUAGAAUCAUAUUUUGAGACAAUUCACCUAUAUACAACAAAUUGGGAAAGCGCAGAUGACGAGAAGUUAGUCUUUUAAUCUGCAUUUUUGCCACGCCUACCAUUAUAUGGCUCUAGCGUCCCCAACAGGAGGAUGAUGUCGGCAGGGUCAUCUGAUUUAGAAUUCAGCCCAUUCAGGGGGAAUUAUUCAGAACGAGGAAAAUGCGACAAAGAAAGCCGCAAAAUGUCAUUCUUUCAGUCACUCUACUCCAAUAUUCUUACAGGAUAUUCUUUUUAUCCAAGUAUUUUCCCCAAUUCCUAAAUAAAUGUUAUGGUCAUGACAAAAUAACGGUCUUGUGCUACAUGGAAUAUAAAAUAUUCAAAAUACAUUUAUUCAGGACGACAUGGCAAAAUGACUUCAUAAUGGUCAAAACUGUCGACUUCUUGCACAUUUUAUGCCACCGGAGUUAGUCCGGCUUUUAUCAUUUCCCUGCCCCGGCUUCGGAGAGCGUAAACAAACCAGGAGGCGCGACAGCUAGUCGACACGCCGACCCGAACCGAGCCGCGUUUCCAGGUCUUAUUCUCUGCCUUCUGAAGGUAAAAAAAAAAAUCACAGAAAACUACCCCGGAUCACGUCACACGGCGGCGGGUUUGUCGAUCGUCUUUGCCGAUCGGUAUCCCGCCCGGCGGCGAGCAAGUUCAACUCGACGGACUCGUUACCCCGCUGCGCGCGGGAGGGCUCGUUAGCCGGGGAAGCAGCCGGGAAACCCCCCGGGGAAACCGGCCGACGUCGGAGGAGCGCGUCGCUGCCACACGUAAAUGGUGUAAAUGAAUGCCUAAAAACACGGCGAAGACGGCGUGCAGCUGUUGUGUAGGGUAGGCAGGAUGUGUCUGAGGAGAACUUUUCUACAUGUCCAUCCAUGAUCAAACGUAAGUAAAUAUUCCUUUAUUUAAACAAAGUUUGUAGUACUUACUUUGUAUCCGUGGCCAUUUUUAACACAAAGUUAACAUUUCUCAUGGGGUGCAACAUUUUACAGAAUACCGGGCGUACGAAGAGGGCAAUAACUCGAGUAUAGUGCUGGGGGGGCAACAAGCCCCUGGUCGUCGGCCGAGUGGCAUUCUCGGUGGACAAUCAUCCGCAAAAUGCAAGCCACCUCCGUAUUAAAACGUGUGCCAUGAUCCCAAUAUUUGAGAUAAUAAAAAAUACAAUGUUUAACUCAUUUCCUCCCACAGUUGUCAGACUCUGCAGUGAAUGGGAACUUUUUGAAACCCAAACAGGCUCACACACCUAUCCCUGGUGCAGCAACAAAACGCUGCAGCACAUUUGGCUGGCGUGCGUGAUGCGAAAAACGAAUGAAUCUGCAAAUUCAGCUGAAUCUGCAGUCCAUCUGCACGCUAUAAAGCAAUGCUGUUUUGUGAGACGCUGACCCGGGUGACGUCACAUUCGCACUCAUCCUAAACCCGAGACCUCACUCAUUUUGAUGGCGCGGGAUUCGAAAAUUGAAUAUAUAAAACGAUGGCGUCACACACACACCCAAGUGGUCCAUUUCAUUCAGGAGCAUAAAACACUGCGUGAAAUAUGAAAUAAACAUGCUUUUUGCUGUCAUACGCACUUUAGGCCUUUAUAGGUCCAGUGACUAUUUUUGGUUUUUGAAAAACCCCAUAAAGACCUGGCGCUCAACUCGACUAUAGACUUGAAAAAAACGCGGUGGCGGCGAUAGAGGAGGGUCAAGUCGAGGCAGGGCGAACGGCGAGCGCUCGGGUCGCCGUCACAGGCAGCCGCAGGACGCGCCGGACUCGGCCUCGUCCACGUCCUCGCCGUACAAGCCGAUGAGUUGCGGGUGAACCCUGAGCAAAACAAUCACAAUGGCCUUUGUCGUCUUCCUUUCCAUGGCUUUUUGCCCAGUUCAAUCUCAUACCCUUGGAAAACUAGACAUCAUGUCCAAGUGUAGGCAAACUUUUAACAGGUAUUUUUAUUCCCCUUUUUUGUGUCACUUUUUUUUGCGGUCUGUGCAGUCUUCCGUUCUUUCCCCUCAUUUUUUACUUUCUUUUUUUUCAGGCUUUCACAGUUUUUCAUAACUUUUUGCUGGGUUUUUGUACAUAGGAAAUUUCCCAUGAAAGGUAUGAGCUCUGAUAGGACUGCUGUGAUCAAUCAACAACUAAUCCAUUCUAUAUGUACACAUAUGUGUAUAUUUUCAAUUAAAAAUA